GUCUAACGGUUAGUACAUUUUCGGCCACGGUUCGGUGUGCAAAUAUGGAAGAGGACGCAACGGAGCAUUACAUCACGUGUCUUGUCUGCUAUUUGCAGUUUGAUGACCAUCAGGUCAAACCCAAGUUAUUGUCUUGUUCUCACACCGUUUGUCUCCAGUGCCUAAAGACAAUCUUUAAUCACGGAGCAGUAAUUACUUGUCCGGUUUGUCGGCGGUCUGACCGUUUGCAAUAUGGAAUUGAGCAACUGCCAACCAAUCAAGCUGUUUUGUACAUUAUCAAGUUGAACGAAAAAUUGAAAUGUCAAAAACUGACAUGUCUCUCUGAGAGUUUGGAAGUGGACGAUUUUAUAAAAGAACUACUAGAAAUUCACUCGCCGGAAGACAAAGUGUUUUUCGAUCAACUGCGAAAAAUUAUUCAGUUUGUCGUGAAAGAUUCCACAAGAUCGUUGGAACCCGUUUGGAAAAUUCAAGACCGUUGGACAAACGGGGUUUAUGUUGUUCAAUUGCAUCAGACUGUCAUUUCUUGCGUCAAAGAAUUCACGCUCCAACACGUGAACUACCUUAUCAGCGACAUUCAGGCACGUUGGAACUCGGUCGAUGUGACCCAACGCUACGCAUUGUUGAAUUUUAUUCGUACUUUGGCCAACGAGACUGAUUACGAUGACGUCCCAUUUCAAGUUUUAGACGUCAUUUUGGAGUUCGUGCAAUGCCCAGACACGCCCGAUGAACUGAUGGAUUCUUGCAUCGACAUUCAGUGCAAGAUUUUGAAUGAUUGCUUCAACAGUGAUCUGGUGAGCCACUGGAUCCUGAACUGCAUCCAGAUAAUCCAGCACAGGGAACAGCAGCGAUCCGUGAUGGUAGCCAUGAAAUUGAUCCGCCACUUGUGUUACUUGUACGCCGUCAAAUCGGCCUCGUCUAACGACCACUACCAACAAUCCGCCGAAUUCACCGAGUUGGUCUGGCUAAAGUACAAGGAGAUUUACAUGUUUCUCAAUCAAGACUGGCACCUACUAGAUCUAGCCGUAGCUGAAAUCGUGGCCUACAUGGCAGACGUUCGUUUAAACUGGACGGGAGCUAACCAAGCUCAUCCGGCAGCCAUUCAAGAACGACUUACAUUCAUUCUAAUGAUCCUUAAAUAUGGUCAAUUGGUUCUGAGCGACUCGAAUUCCGUUACCAUCUGGACCUGCCUUGUAGGCGGAACUGUUUCCGCCUCAGAUUCCGACGUGUGCUUCGAGUGGUUCAGUAGAGCUAUCGAAAUGAACGUCCUGGACCCUAAAGGCCACCAGCGAAUUUUCCACAAUCACAUCCUGAAGCUAGAUCCUCGCCAGAUGACGUACCAAACUCAUUUCUUCAUCGACUGUUUCCAACAUUUCUUCUUGGCUGUCCAGUGCUCGGCUGGAGACACCUUCACCGAGGAUGUGAUCGAUCCUACACCUGGACUGGAAUUCCUCUGGAAAAUGUCCCUAUAUUCCGAUCCAUCCGUUGCUCAAAAGGCGUACGACUUAUUGAAGGAGACAAUCAUCUACUUGGGUUCACGAUUGGUGGCUUGUUCGAUUGAAAUUCCAGACAAUGUCAUUGGUGAUUGCCUGGACAGAUUCAGGGACGAAUGUUUGGCCAAUAGACGAGUACCGAGAUGUCUGGCCACCAUGACCCAAACGAAGUUGAUGGAUCACCUAGCUGAACUGUUGGAAGAAGAAGACAUUCCGGGAAGUUUUGAAGCUUUGGAACACCGGCGGGAAUUGACAAUUGGAAUCCACACGGUUUUGUCGCUGCCGCUCAAGUUCGAUAUCAACCGAUCCAUUUUUCUCCUUUCGGUCACGAAGAGAGGCCGCUUGCUGGGCAAGAUUCACAUCAAACCUUGGGCGCUCUUUGGUAGCAGCAAAUUCAUUCAGGAAUUGUGGGAAUUCUGCAUUGGUAAUCCAAGAAAAAUUGGCCGGCGGAUUUUUAAGUCGACCAGUGAUACGUCCGUCAGUUUGAAAGUGAAGAACGCCCUGUUCCAGCCGGUAGUUCCGGAAUUGUUGAAUUAUGCCAUUUGGGUGAACUCUGAAUGCGCCGAAAAAGCUUGCCAGGUGGGUAUCACUGGCAUCCAGAGCUCCCACAGGAGAGACGGCAACAGUCGACGUGUCACCGGAUGGCAAUUCGUGUUUCUCAUUCGUGACAAGAGUCCCGGUAAUCACCAACCCAAGACGUCGCUUCGCUUUGGCGACGUCGUCCAAGGCAUCGACGUCGUUAAAUCACUUUGCUGCUCCCGAAUAUUGUCGUCCCAUUUCAGCGACGGACUCCGACUGACCCUGGAAGCCAUUUGAAAGUCAUAAGCUUCAUUUAAUCUUUUUCUUUUUCUCAAUUUUGUGAUUUGUUAUGGAAUGGUGGUCGCUUUCACAAAUGAUUAGUUCGAACAAAUACCUUUUUCAGGCAAAACUGUUUAAUUUUUUAGAAGGCAAUUAAUGUGUUUUUUUAAUGGUUUUCAAACGAAAAGAUAAUUUCGUUUUUGUGAUUCAUAUAUCUUCGUGAGCCUAAUUAGCAUUCUCCUUCUGAUUUGAAUUAAAUGUGAUAAAUUCAUCUUGUGAGUCUGCGAUGGUAUGCAUAAUUAAUUAACACAAUUCUGUACGUGAUUCUUAAUCGAUACAUAUCUUUAUACUGAUA